CUUUCUAUGUAACAAUCAAUCAAACGUUGCUGAUUACUUUGGGAGGAAUGGAUUGUACAGGGAAAAGCGAUUCGGCUGGAUGCUUUUUAUUUCUGGAAGAAGUUGCGCAAAUUAUUAUAUCCAGAUUCGAGGGAGAAAAUGAAGUUACACGGAGGACGAGUAUUGGGUUUGAGGGGAGGAUAAUAUUUUUUAUUUCAUUUCGUUAUUGAACCUUGUCUCUGAUAUUAAUACAAAUUUUAUUUAAUCAGAUUAGCUGUCUACUUUAAACAUAUUGCGUUUCUGUAUCCACGUGGCUGGGGUACCCGUUACUCUGGAGUUUACCGGUUCUGUCAAAUUCAAUUCAGCACAGUACAAUAGUGUUAUACCGGCUUCAAGAGUGUUAAGGAGUGCGCACACGGUACUUGACAGGGGAUAAAACGUAAAAUGGAGAAUUUGAUCGAUAUCCUGAAAAUUGUUUUUAUUCCAUUGCGGGGAAAAAAACCAUGGAGCACUGCUUGUUGCCAGUAUAAAAGGAUUUUGAUGCGUGGAUUUUGAAAAGCUUUUUGACUGUUUGGAUUCUGCGUGAGAUAUUUCCAGUUUAAAUGUGACAGACGGUUUCGCUAGAUAACCUUUAAGGUUCUUUUACUGUUUAUAUAGGAUUCGGGUGACGGAUUCAAUAAUUUCAGAAAUGAUUUAUUAGUAUAGGAUUUAUUAUUGAUUGUAGGAUUUUUUUUUAACAUAUUCUAAACUACCGCGAGUACCUGUCAUUCCACUAUUUGGACUUUUAGGGAGACGUAGGUAUAAUUCGACGCUGAGACUGUACCCAAGAAAUAUCUUAAGGGAUUUGUCGAAAGGAUAUGCCAAUACCAUCUGCACCCUUGAAGAGCAACUAUCGGGUCCGUUGCCAUAGAAAUGAUAAGUCCUGCAGGAUAAGAUCCACACGUGUAAGAUAGUCGAUGGGAUUUCCUCAAUUUUACCCAAGGAAAACCUUUAUUCUCCAACCUGCCUAAAAUAGAAGCUCUUCGCAUUGCAAAAUUAUUCCGUGGAUUCGUCUUCUUGGGAAAAAGUUUUAUUUUUACUUUCACUCGGGAAUCUGAAAAGACGAGCCUGAAGAAGUUAUUUGGAAUGUUGGCCUUGCCCUAAGCCCUUAAGUCGACUAGAGUUCUGGCCCUUGCGCUCCAGUCUGUGCUCAUCCGGAAAACUUAACGACGGCUUCUUUGCGCAGGUUUACGCGCCUCUUUCGUUUACAGACGUCAAUUACGGACGAGAGAAAACGUGAAUGAAAAGUCAGAGGUGCUUAAAAUUUUUACGAGGUAAAAUAAAGAAAAAUGAACAAGGUCUAUAGAGUGUAUGAGGGGGGAUAAGAAUUAAAAUGAAAGAAAGAGAAGGUUUUCGGGGAACUUUAGGAAUAACCCGACCGUUAAAAUUUUCCUCGCCCAGGAUUCGUUAUAUCGUGAAAAUAAUGAUAAUGACUUUUUCUGUUUAUUAUUUUUUCCAGGGGGCAAUGGAUGCCCACGGGGUGGGUGUAGUUGUCGCCCUGGGGCUGGUUGGCGCUGCUGCUGGAGCAAUUUUGGCCAUUCUCGUGUACGCCAUUUGUGCAAGGAGACGAUUGCCUCUUCUUGGUCCUGCAGGUGGACCUCUCAAUUGGUUCGAGAAAGACUUACUGGAAAGAGAAGAGGCUGCCAGAUCCAAGGAGGCCCUUGUAGGAUUGGGAAUUGGAACAGGUGGCGGAAAUGGCUCCAGAGCUCCCAGCCAAGGAAGCGAGGACAAAAUAUGGCCUCAUAAUUUAAUGCACGACAACCUCGCCCUUGAAUCUUCUGGAGUCUCUCUAUCAGAAUGCGACAGCGCACCAGUGAGUCCUGUCAGUCCUAUAGGAUCUGGAGUAGCUCCUCCACUUCCUGGUGGACCAUUAGUGGCGUCGGAGAAGCACGUAGUCGUCGCCAGACCAAGAACAGUAGCCAGCAUGCAUACCAGAUUGGAUCAUACAAAAAUAGACACAGCACUUUAUCAGAAGCAAUCCAUAGCGAUGACGCCAAGCUCCACGGAGGACGUACGUGGUGAAUUACAACUGGCUCUGGCCUACGACGCACCAGCUGCUAUUCUCACCGUGAGACUGAUAGAGGCGCAUGACCUUCAGGCACGCGAGUUGAGUGGAACUGCCGAUCCCUACGCCAAGAUACGAUUACUUCCAGACCGAAGUAACGUCUGGCAAACUAGGAUACAUAAGCGUACCUUGAAUCCUGUCUUCGACGAGGACUUUGUCUUCGAAGUGAAACCUGCGACCAUUGCCAGGAGAACCCUGGAAGUACUGCUCUACGACUUCGACGCCUUCUCCCGGCACCACAGUAUAGGCUGUGUCAGACUUCCUCUAUCGGCAGUCGACCUGGGCUCCAGAGCUACGAUUACCAGACCUGUACUCCAGUGCACAGAAAGAGACUACAGGGCUGAGCUAGGAGAACUCAUGGUCUCCAUAUCGUUCCUACCUUCUGCAGAGAGGCUUACGGUCAUCGUCAUCAAGGCCAGAAACCUCAGGGUGGUCGAUGAUACCAGGACCAGCUCAGAUCCUUAUGUCAAGGUGACUAUCCUGCAGGACGGUAAAAGAUUGAAGAGGAAGAAAACCGGAGUACAACGGAACACCACUAAUCCUGUUUGGAAUGAGGCGUUGACCUUUGACCUGGGUAGAGAUUUACUUUCCAGGUGUACCCUCGAAUUUCUAGUAUUACACGACAGUCUAUUAGGUGCCAGUGAACCUUUAGCAAGGUGCUUAGUAUCGAGUAAAAGCCAGAGGGACCUGUUUCACGAGGUCCUGGCUGGUAGGGGUGCUUCAGCUCAAUGGCUUCCGUUGGCAGAGCCCCAGAAUUGAGCUAUACUCUGUCCCUUUCUCUUUCUCUCUCUUUACCCAAAUUCAAUUCUGGUAACAGACACACGCGUGAAGCGAAAUUCAUUAUUUCAAAUAGACUGUAGCCUAUGUUUUCAAGUAUAAGUGGGCCAAAUAAACUUUAAUUAGUAAUUAUGAAAGGCUUAUGUCCAUAUAGUCUAAAAUGUUUAGUAUGUGCGUCAAUGAUGGAUAUGUCUAUUACGCUGAAAAUGACAAAAGAGAAUAGAUAAGUAUAAAAAGAAAGAAGAGUCCACUUGAUAUUAUCAUCUGGCAGAAUUAGAUUUAUUGUAAGUAUCGAUGGUGAUUGUUCGCAGUUGAUUUAGAAUUUCCAUCGAGUCUAUUUGUAUUUUUAUUUUCUCUGACCAAUGUACUUUUUAUUUGUUAUGUUUUCUUAGCUGUUCAGCGAUUCACGUGCUACCUGUGUGUGCUUUUUAUAUUAAAAUACAAAUAGAAGUGGUGAAGCGAAGGGACACAAGUACGUAAGCACAAUUAUGGGAUGUUCCAGGUAAAAUUACACUGUUCAUAUUUUACAGUAUGGCUGACAAUUCUUUUUAUUUCUGAAAGCCAUAGUUGUAAAUGUCUUUUUUUACAACCUGUCCUCUGCCAGUAAACAUUUUAGGGAAUUACUUCAUCGUACUGUUACUGUUGAGAAUGACUGGAAGGUUUUCCAUGUUGCAAAAGGGAAUAAAUGCUUUAUGAGGAAUGGCGUUAUGUACCUAAACAGAGAUUUAACUUGGAGCGUUCUAUAUGUAGCGGUAUAUCUAUAUCGUAUUGUAUGAGUAUACUAUAUACAUGACCACUAUGCCGACUCUAAUUUUUGGGAGGAAAGGGGAGAUGCGAAAAUUCUAAUUUUAUAUAUGCAAAUUAUUUUUUAAAUUCUAUAUCUAAAACAAAGCUAUUUAUAAUUUAUAUCUAUGGAAUAUUAUUGUAUAAGUAUUUCAUUGUACCUACGUUGUAUAUUAUCAUGACUGUGUAACAUAACAAAACCGAGAAUAAAGAAUGUCUCGAUAUCUCUACAAUGA